AUGACGGAGAUGACGGACCUGAGCGGGGAGCUGGAGGGCUCAGGGAUCCCCUUCCUGGACUACGGCACCUACGCCCAGCGCGUUUUCUUCCCCGGCCAGGGGGGGGCGCCGGCACGGCGGGGGUUCGAGCUGCCCGAGGGGCGCAGGGCCACCGUGGAGCAGGGCCUGGCCCAGCUCUCCAGCCUGCUCAACAGCAAGGCCUUCCUGCUGACGCUGAUCCACACGCUGGAGGGGCAGGCGUCGUUCUCUCGGCAGGACCGGUGCCAGGCGGCCUCGCUGCUGGCGCUGGCGCUGCACGGGCGGCUGGAGUACCUGACCGACGUCAUGCAGAGCCUGCUGGGCGAGCUGGCGCAGCGCCACAUGGCCCGCAACCCCAAGCUCAUGCUGCGCAGGACGGAGACCAUGGUGGAGAAGCUGCUGACUAACUGGAUGUCCAUCUGCAUGUACUCCUACCUCCGGGAGGUGGCGGGCGAGCCCCUGUACCGGCUGUUCCGGGCCAUCAAGUGGCAGGUGGACAAGGGGCCGGUGGACGCGGUGACGGGCCAGGCCAAGCGGACGCUGAGCGACGGGCGCCUGCUGCGGGAGGACGUGCCCGUCCGGCCCCUGGCGCUGAGCGUGCUGCUGCGGGGGGCGCCGGGGGGCGCCGGGGAGCAGCGGGUGCCCGCCCGCGUCCUCGACACCGACACCAUCAGCCAGGUCAAGGAGAAGAUCCUGGACCAGGUCUACAGGGGGGUGCCCUUCUCCCAGCGCCCCCCGGCCCACGCGCUGGACCUGGAGUGGCGCUCGGGCGUGGCCGGUCACCUGACCCUGUCUGACCAGGACCUGACGUCUGUCACCCACAACGGGUGGAAGAGACUCAACACCCUGCAGCACUACAAGGUUCCGGACGGGGCGACGGUCGGGCUGAUCCCGCGGCUCCAGAACGACGUCCCCCAGAGCCCCAACCAGAGCUUCCUCUCCGGGGAGAACACCCCAAUGCUGGAGGAUGGCGAGGAGGGGGGGCUGCGGCUCUGGCACCUGGUGAAACCGACGGAGGAGCCGGAGGCCCCAAAGCAGCAACAGCGUCGCAGCAGCCUGCGGGAGCGACCCACGGCCAUCCCCGAGAUCUACCUCACCCGCCUGCUCUCCGUCAAGGGGACGCUGCAGAAGUUCGUGGAGGAUGUGCUGCAGGCCGUGCUGAGCGUGGGCCGCCCCAUCCCCGUGGCCGUCAAGUUCCUCUUCGACCUGCUAGAUGAGCUGGCCGCCCGCCACGGGGUCAGCGAGCCCGAGACCCUGCACAUCUGGAAGACCAACAG